UCCCCGGCUCACGUGAUCGCGCCUGGGGAGAAAACGCCUGACCCCAGCCCCCGGCCUUCACGGCACAGUCUUUUCCUGUGGCUUGUCGGCCUUUCAGCCACCAGCUACUUGCGCGUCCCUCCACCCCGCCCCGGGCCCCCCCGGAGCCCUGUCCGCCAUGCGGCUCCUGCCUCUGGCCCCAGGUGGGCCUCGGCGGGGCAGGCCCCGCCACCUGCCCUUCUGCAGCCCAGCUCUGCUGCUGCUGCUGCUGCUGAGCGGCUGCCUGGGGGUCUCUCGGGUGGCGGCGGCCUCUCGCAGGCCCAAUGUGGUGCUGCUUCUCACCGACGACCAGGACGAAGUGCUCGGCGGCAUGGUAACUCCUCUCUUUCUGCCCCGCCCCUCCACCUCUCCUUUUGACUCCCCGUAUGUGCCAAGUGCUCUUUGCUGCCCCAGCAGAGCCAGUAUCCUGACAGGGAAGUACCCACAUAAUCAUCACGUUGUUAACAACACUUUAGAGGGAAACUGCAGUAGUAAGUCUUGGCAGAAGAUCCAAGAACCAAAUACUUUCCCAGCAAUUCUCAGAUCAAUGUGUGGUUAUCAAACCUUUUUUGCAGGGAAAUAUUUAAAUGAGUAUGGAGCCCCGGUUGCAGGUGGACUAGAACAUGUUCCUCUGGGCUGGAGUUAUUGGUAUGCUUUGGAAAAGAAUUCUAAAUACUAUAAUUAUACCCUCUCUAUCAAUGGGAAGGCACGGAGCCAUGGUGGAAACUACAGCGUAGACUACUUGACAGAUGUUUUGGCUAAUGUCUCCUUGGACUUCCUGGACUACAAGUCCAACUCUGAGCCCUUCUUCAUGAUGAUCGCCACUCCAGCGCCUCAUUCACCCUGGACAGCCGCGCCUCAGUACCAGAAGACUUUCCAGAAUGUCUUUGCGCCAAGAAACAAGAACUUCAACAUACAUGGAACGAACAAGCACUGGCUAAUUAGGCAAGCCAAGACUCCAAUGACUAAUUCUUCAAUACAGUUUUUAGAUAAUGCAUUUAGGAAAAGGUGGCAAACUCUACUCUCAGUUGAUGACCUUGUGGAGAAACUGAUCAAGAGAUUGGAGUUCACUGGGGAGCUCAGCAACACUUACAUCUUUUAUACCUCAGACAAUGGCUAUCACACAGGACAGUUCUCUUUGCCAAUAGACAAGCGACAGCUAUAUGAAUUUGAUAUCAAAGUUCCACUGUUGGUUCGAGGGCCUGGGAUUAAACCAAAUCAGACAAGCAAGUUGCUCGUUGCCAACAUUGACUUGGGUCCUACUAUUUUGGACAUCGCUGGCUACAGCCUGAAUAAGACACAGAUGGAUGGAAUGUCCUUAUUGCCUAUUUUGAAAGGUGCCAGUAACCUGACCUGGCGAUCAGAUGUCCUGGUGGAGUAUCAAGGAGAAGGCCGUAACGUCACCGACCCAACGUGUCCUUCCCUGAGUCCUGGAGUAUCUCAAUGUUUCCCAGACUGUGUAUGUGAAGAUGCUUAUAACAAUACCUAUGCUUGUGUGAGGACGAUAUCGGCGUUGUGGAAUUUGCAGUAUUGCGAGUUUGAUGACCAGGAGGUGUUUGUAGAAGUCUACAAUCUGACUGCAGACCCAGACCAAAUCACUAACAUUGCUAAAAGUAUAGACCCGGAGCUUUUGGGAAAGAUGAACUAUCGGUUAAUGAUGUUACAGUCCUGUUCUGGGCCAACCUGUCGCACGCCAGGGGUUUUUGACCCCGGAUACAGGUUUGACCCUCGUCUCAUGUUCAGCAAUCAUGGCAGUGUCAGGACUCGAAGGUUUUCAAAACAUCUUCUGUAGCGACCGUGCCCGGCCUCUACAGUUGGAUCCCUGCACGUGUCUUUCUGAUGAAGUGAUUGUAGUAGGUCUGUAGCUAGUCUUCAGGACCACGCCUGGAAGAGUUUCUGGACUGGCUUUGUUUUUACGUUCUGCUUGAAAAAGCAACCCAAUCAGCUGACCCUUGUGCAACGUGUUAAACUGUGAACUCUGCCCAUGUGUCAGGAGUGGCUAUCCCUGGUCUCUUCCUUGAGGUCUUUUGUUCUCACCGUAUCCUUUCUGUCCUGGGGCCAUAGUUCUUGAUUAUUGCCCACGUGGUCAGAGUCUGAAUUUGUACAUCCAUUCAGAUAAAUGUGAAUACUUUAGGGCAAAACAAAAAACAACAAAAAAACACACAACCUUUUGGUAUAUAGCUUGACCUAAAAAUCAAAGGACCUACAUAGCAUUUCAGAUUGAGCACUUCACUGUCAGAAAUACUAACAUCACAUGGCUUGAAGAAUAACCACCUGAGCUGAAUCCUCUGAGUAAGAACAGGUACCCUUGUUUUUAAAUGAGUAGAGAUACAUUGUUUAUAAUAUCCAUCACACCAUCAUAAGGUUGGAAAUUUAAAACAUGUCAACCAAGCUCUGUUCAUUUUUUUGGAAUUCUAGGCUUGUGCUGCACUGACAGAGCGGUCAGCUGUGGUAAGACUAACUCCAGCUAGCUCUUGAAAGUGACAGCCGUCUACUCUCCAGUGGCUGCUAACCACAUGCGGUGCCAGUUAACACUAGGAAAUUGAGGAAAUGGCUCUUCUCUUGAGACUUUCCCCUCUGAGAUCUGAAAAAUAAAGUGGUUUAGGAAGAUCAGCAGGGAAGAAUGGCCAAGGGUUGGGUUGGUGAAGGUUGUGUUUUCUGAGAGCCUUCUCUAGGUGGGGCUCUUGGGCUGACAGGUUGAAGGCCUGUACCUGGGGUUCAUGAAGUUCGUGCCUGUCCAGCAGGGAGCCUGAGUUUCAGUUCCAUGUGUGAAGUCACUUUGACUCUAUCAGCAUUUUGCUGCCAUUCUGUUUAUUUGUUUUAAGGUAUAAAAAUUCCUUUAGUUGAUGCUACUUUAUCUAGCUGCUUUAUCUCCUUCUCCUUACCACCUCCUCCUUCCCUUUCAGUUCAGUUCUUCCUGAGGUUUUGGAGUCUUGUUUAAGGAGGGCCCCAUUCAGUACUCCCCUGUCAAGAUCAAAUCUAUGUAGGUUUCCUCAACAUUUAGAACAUCUACGUUUUUAUGUUUCUUGGCUUGAAAACCAAUUCCAUUUCUAAUGCUUUCUUCACAAGAAGGCUAAUUGGUGGUGAGACAGCAGGGAAGGAGGAAGAGCUAUAGUUUAUAACUUGUUCAACUCAGGCACAAAGUGAUUUUAGCUUUAUUUAAGGUCUUCUGUCCAGCUUUAAACACUUUGUAAGGCAUGGCCAUGAGUAGCUUUUCUGCCAGAAUCCCAGAUAGCCAUGUGGGUUGAUAGCCGUUGAGUUUAUUCCUUUACCUCACAUGAAUCCAGCAACUAUGGUGGUAUCUUGACAUGAAAUAGGCAAGUGAAAUGAACACCUCUGCUGUGAAUGUUUCCGAGAAAGAAAUUCUCAAAAUUUUGUAACUAAAAGCAAACUACAUUGUUGAAUAUGGGCAUCAGCUUUAUUCUCCACCUUGACAUUAUUAGUCAACUUCCACGUUAGUGAGAGUUGACCAUAGUUAUUCCCAAAUAAAAAGAAACCAACUCUUACCAGGUCUUGGACUGUGAUGUCACAUUAUUCAGUUUUAUGAUGCUGGUUCCUGAAAGCAGGCAGAGUGAUAAGAGUGACGCGAGUCAGCCGCAGAUAGCAUCUCUGCCACACUGCUCUCACCUUCAGUUCAGCUGGCAUGUUUAGGUGGCGAGAUGUGGUGAGGACCUCCUUGUACCUCUUCUACUUUGAGUACAUUUCCUACUUAACCUUCAAAUAGCCUCUAAUUUUACUUUUAAACUGGCUUCAUUCUGGAUCUGUGGUAAAAACUUUCAUAAAAAGACCUCAAUGUAUGGCCUAACGGACUACAGAAUGCACUGAUGUUUUCAGAAUGUUUAUGUCUAAGGGACCCACUGCAAGAGGCUUGCCUUGUUCUUUUCGUUGUGCUUAUUUGGAUUUUGAUGAUUUUCCCAUUUAAGAAGGUCAGUUCCAUGUCUGUUGGUGCCCUUCAGAGUAGGAGAACAUAUAAACAUUAGGAAUGAGCAGAGGCCUUAGGAGUGAAUAAGAGACUUUUGCCUUAGAAGAUUUCCUAUUACAGAAGCUCGCUCUCACAUACAGUUACAAAGUCGGGAACAGCUUUUGAGCAUCUUUGAAUUUGACAAAUGGUGCUGUUGCAAACACAUGUUAAUUGACAACACUAGGGUUCUUAUACAAAAUAGUAAUGAUAGCCAUGGAAGUUAUACCUUAUUCUGAAAGAAAUGUUCUUAAAUUUACUUUAGUGUCUAAAUUAAGGAUUAGUGCUUUUUUAAUAAAAGAAGAUAAGUUGUCCCAGGAUCCUUAUUUAAGAGAAAGCAAAGGGUAUUUCAGCUGGCCCACCAGUGGAAUUAGAUGGGUGUAUUUGGGUUCUUUAGUUUUACCAACACUCAGUUCCUACUGAAUUUUGUAAAUUCCUGUUUGCUUCAUCUGUUCCUAGAAGUUAUUCUGCCCUUGCUCUCUGUCAUCUCAGUCAUUUGACUUAGAAAGUGCCCUUCAAAAGGACCCUGUUCACUGCUGCACUUUUCAAUGAAUUAAAAUUUAUUUCUGUUCUAGUGAGAA